AUGGACACGUUGGACCCCUCUCAAGAUACUCCUACUAGCAAUAAUCCUAUUACCAAAGCACUUUACAGCUGUAAAAGGUUUUAUCAAGUCAACUUGGAUAACUUUACACCGUAUAAACUAUACAGAUGGUUAACUUUAGGGGUAUUGACUGUAUUAUUUUUUAUUCGUGUUAUAUAUUGCCAAGGUUGGUAUGUUGUGUGCUACUCUUAUGGUAUCUUCAUGUUAAAUCAAUUUUUAUUGUUUUUAACUCCAAAGUUUGAUGUAUCUUUGAGAAACGAUGAACAAAAUGAUGAAUUGGAAGCUGGCGGCAAUUUGGCAUCUAAUGAUGAAGAAUUUAGACCAUUUAUUAGAAGAUUGCCUGAAUUCAAGUUUUGGUAUAAUGGUUUCAGGGGUAUUUUACUAUCACUAUUCUUGUCAAUAUUUCCAAUUUUUGAUAUUCCGGUGUUUUGGCCAAUUCUAUUGAUGUACUUUAUUUUAUUAUUUAUUUUCACAAUGAGAAGACAGAUACAUCAUAUGAUUAAGUAUAAGUAUGUUCCCUUGGAUAUUGGUAAAAAGAAAUAUAACUUAAAGGCUAACUCUGCUAAAUAG